CUUGUGAAAUAGAAUUUGGUGAUGAGCGAGAAUAUGGUCAAGUCCCAUCUAAUUUCUAUAUUGUUGCUACAAUAAAACGACUUUUCAGCUAAUAUAUUGUUUUAAUAUAGAUAUAAAACAAAUAGGAGUAUAUACGUUCCAUGAAAUAGUUGUUCGAAUGAGGUAAGGAAAAGGAAAAGAAAACCUAUGUAAACUAGAAAUCAGAAACAUGACUUGUAUAAAAGCAACAAAUGAGUAGAAAUUAAAUAUUGUGAUUUGUGAGUAAGUAGUAUUAGUGAUCAUAUACAACUCUUGCUCUAAUUAUUGAUAUAUGAGAUGGCAUCCAUGUGGUCAGAGGUUCCAGAGGAUCUGUUGAGGUUAAUAGCUAAUCGGCUUGAUACAUUGACUGAUCAAGUAAGGUUUGCAUGUGUUUGUACUUCAUGGAAGUCUAUAUUGCUUAGUAUUCGUCCCUCACAUUCGUGGUGUCUACUAUACCGUUUUGAGGAGGAGCCAAGUGAAUUAGGUGAAAAGUUUCUUUUUUUACCUGAAAGAAAGAUUCACCACCUUGAGUUUAUCCCAGAGGUCCUUGGCAGGAGCAAGUUUCGAGGAUGUUCCUUCAGUUGGUUAGUUUGUACUGAUGAUUACUCUCCUAAAAUCUCUCUAUAUAACCCAUUCACCAAGGUUCUAAUCGCCCUUCCACCGCGGUACAACUUUCCUGAUGUGAUAAGAUACUGUCCCCCGGAAAGGUCUCAUCCAGUAUAUGAGAUUGAAAUCUAUGAUGUCGAUGAUGACGACACAGAAAUUGACUUUGUAGCCACAAGUUCUGUGCACAUACACUUGAUACACAAAUUUGUCCUAUCUUCAUCUCCUAGUAAACCUAAUUGUAUGGUUGUUGCCAUCUAUGGUACUAUGGAUUAUAAUUUGGCCUACUGCAAAAUUGGAGAUGAAAAGUGGACAUCCAUUGCCAAAGGUAGGAUGAGAUAUGAUGAUAUUAUUUUUCGUGACAAAAACUUAUUGUAUGCUGUAACAAUCACAAGUCAUGUGCACGUCUUUGAUUUGUCGUCUAAUUCUCCAAAAUUGGUCGAUACUAUACAACCACCACCUCCUCAACCAUUACCACCACCACCACCAGAAGAACUAGGGCAACCAGAACCGGGAAGACGAAGCUACUUGGUCAACACUUCAAUUGGACUGCUCCUGGUUCAACGACAUUGGCUCUGGACAGGGUCUCUAUAUGAAGGAAAUCAGUGUGAAAAAACAAAAAUUUUCAACUUAUACAUGUAUGAGCCUAGCAGUCGAAGUUGGCGUAGGGUGGAAAACAUGGAUGAAAAUGUGCUGUUUUUGGGACUAAAUACAGGAGUUUCAAUACCUUCUUCUCGUGUUGGUGGAUAUAAAGGGAAUCAUAUUUAUUUUACAGAUACUUUAUUCGUUUUCAGUUUGAGAACUGCUCGACAUGGCCCAUAUGAAAUUGGUGUUUAUGAUUUGGAUAGUAAAAGUGCACAGUGCUUGCAACGCUAUGAUACUAAAAAAUACUGGAUACGGCCAACACCAAUUUGGUACAUACACAGCCCUGAAGAUUUCUUUGAGCGCGAUUUGUGAAAAACAAUUAAUUACUCUGUUUCUUUAUGUCUUUAGCAUUACUCUGUUUCUUUAUGUCUUUAGUAUUACUCUGUUUAUGUAUAGUUUUUUUUUCUUAAUGCGUAGAAACCAAUUUGUGUUCAAAUAUUUCUCGCACACCUAGUAACACCUCUCAUCGAUGCUAACACAAAUUGAUUUCUGCAUAUUAAGAAAAAUAACUAUACAUAAACAGAGUAAUGCUAAAGACAUAAAGAAACAGAGUAAUUAAUUGUUUUUAAUCUUUAGCAUUACUCUGUUUAUGUAUAUUUAUUUUUCUUAAUGCGCAGAAACCAAUUUCUGUUCAAAUAUUUCUGACACACCCAGUAACACAAUAUAUUAGCAAGAACUUCAACCAUAAAAUCAAAUAGAAAACCACCAUCACCAAAAUUCAUAGUUGAUCAUAGUAGCCUCGUACUUGGUCUUGAGUUGGCCUGACUUUCUUAAACACCGACAUUAGGGCCUAAAGCCAAA